GGUUUUGGUCGAACCCGAGUUUGUCAUACACUUUUAUAGUAGAGCUGCUUUUUCUAUUAUAAAUGCCAUUCUAGUAAUUCAUCUCUUAUAAUCUUUGAAAUUGAGGGAAUUGUAAGAUAACGAGGACUUAAGGUAAAUUAAGUUUAUCGUCGCUGACUUAUUAGUUUGUCAUCAUCACGAAUUACCCCCGGUUUAGACUUCACGUUAGCAUCACGUCCUCCUCUAAAUCCGAUUUUUUGAUUGGUCGAAAUUUUUAAUUGUCUUAGUGAUAUUUUUGAUUAGCCAAUCAAAAAAUCGGAUUGGGAGGAGAACGUGAUGCUAACGUGAAGUCUAAACCCGGCGUUACAGUGAUCUCGAGGAAAGCGUUGUUGUGAACUAGUUGUUGGUUGAGGAAAUUGAGGCUGACAUUGAAUUGCCAUGUAUACAUAAUAAUAUGUAGCCUUGAUCCUCGCCCCGUUCUUCGAUCCGUCAGAGAGAAAACCGGGCAACUAUAUGCACACAUAUCCGCAGUGGCCGGCGGUGAAUUGACUAGUUGACUUUCUCCUCAUUUCUCUUCAUUUCCACAAACUAUCAUUUCUUUACUAUAACGGACACAAAAUGGCCAUUUGUUAAUUUGGUAUAUUUUCAAAAUCACGUUAUGCGUAGGAUAAGAAGUGUUGCAUUUGACUAACAUUUCCUUCGUGUACAACCUCCACCCUCAUCCAUCAUUUAGGACAAUUUCAUAUAAAACUCUACCUUGAGUGAAAAAUGGGUCCGUGUCUGUUUGGAAUUGUGUUGGGAGCGUAUGUGAUGACGGACGUGCAUUACUAUGUCAGGACUCUCUUGACCUACUUUUAUGCCAAGUUUUUCCGCAAUCGGAUCAGCAUAACCGACCCAAGUGAAGUUUACGGAUUUGUGCUGCCAACUGAUGCUGACUUUAUGCUGACACACAUGAACAAUGCACGCUUCUUGCGAGAAUGUGACUUUGCAAGGUUUGACCAUGGAACUCGUUGUGGGAUGAUCGAAAUGAUGUUCAAGAAGCGUGGAGCAGUUGCGGCGCAUACAAUUCGAUACCGACUGCCUCUCAUGAUGUUCUCGUACUACAAGAUUGUCACUCAACCUGUCUGGUGGGACGAGAAAUUCGUAUAUGUGGAACAGAAAAUCAUUACGAUUGCAGAUGAUAUCGUUCGGAGUGUCGGAUAUUCAAAAAUUGCAACAAACUUCAACGUCGAGCAGUUUGUGCUGGAGAAAUUUCCUGAUAUAUCCCGACCUGAAAUGCCUGAAGAUAUGCAAAAGUGGCUCGAAUGCAACGAGUUGUCAAGUAAAAAGAUGAAAAACUACCUUUCCAAUGGAGAAGGCACCAAUGGAGUAAAAAAUGGAAAACAAAGUUAAGUGUUGAGUAAAUUAGUAUCAGUUUUGAUCAUGAUCUACUCUAAAUAAAUUGUGAUGGCUGUGAGCGUUGGUGUUGAUCAUCGUGUGAUUAGUCUCGAGCCCCUUUAAAAAUGCUAGUCAAUCGGUUCUGUCUCAAAUUUUAUCAAACAGUAUUUUAUUUUCUCACGUUGUCAGUAUUUCUUGAAAUGUUGUUUUAACUUUUUGCUGUAUUAAUUUUUACAAUAAUGCAAAUUAACAAUAUUUGCACUUAUUACUUAAGUAAGCAUACAUAGUAAAUGUGAAUCCUCGAAAAUACUUAUUUCCUGAUCUCAUGUAUUUAUAUUUGUGUUAACCCUUCUGCCAUAUUUAUCAACGUAAAAUCGGUUAAGACUUAUUGACCUGCCACAUUCUGUCCUGUAUGUUAUUAAUCCUCGUUUUUUAACAGACUAAAUAAAGGGUAUAUAACUUUG